CGUAUUUUGAUCAACGUGUGGAAGUAUCUUGUUCUAUCCAGAUUUUUUUUUAUAUUACGCUUAAUUUUAUUUUAUUUUUACCGCACAAUUUUGAAUUUAAAAGUGACAACAUCAUAUCCGUUCCAGCAAUCGGAUCACCCGUUCUCGUCUUACAUCCGGCCAUCACUACUGCUUCGGCUGUCAGAAAUGUCAAAAUUGUCAAAAGUAUUUGAUGUCGCUUCGGCUUGGCUUUAUUUUUUGUGUGAAGAAAACUUUCAUCAACUAUACAAUUCAUUUGAUCAAUCUUCUGCUCGAAGCAAUUCACAAUGUCGCAACGGUUUCCUGCGACUAACGUGAACACUGGUCCGGGUUCACAGCGUUAUCCGGCAUCCCCGGGCCAAAACAAUCAGCCACCCGUGAUGCGACCGUACGGACCAGGAAAUAAUUUUUCGCCUCGAGCAUAUACGCCACCGCCACCGAUGGGAGGAGGCGGAGGACCGGCUCAAAAUCAGCAUCAACGCCCGAUGCAACCCGGUUUCCAGGGUGGUAGCAUGCGGGGUUCGCCAAUGUCUAGUUCUUCCGGAGGCAAACGUAGUUCCGAAAGUCGGGCCGCGAUGAAUCAAGCUCAGCAAAAGAAUGAUUACUCGGUGAAAAAGAAGAAAAAGCUUGCUGAUAAAAUUUUACCACAAAAGGUGCGAGAUCUCGUUCCCGAAUCACAGGCCUACAUGGAUUUACUGGCCUUUGAGCGCAAACUAGAUGCCACCAUUAUGCGCAAACGUUUGGACAUACAGGAAGCAUUGAAGCGUCCUAUGAAGCAGAAGCGUAAGCUGCGUAUCUUCAUCUCGAACACGUUCUAUCCCAGCAAGGACGGAAGUGACGGCGAUGCAAAUCCGGACGGUUCCGUAGCGUCAUGGGAGCUGCGUGUUGAAGGUCGCUUGUUGGAGGACAACAAAUCCGAUCCGACCAAGAUAAAGCGUAAAUUUUCCAGCUUUUUCAAAUCGCUCGUCAUAGAGCUCGAUAAGGACCUAUACGGCCCAGACAAUCAUUUGGUCGAGUGGCACCGUACCCACUCCACACAGGAAACGGACGGAUUUCAGGUGAAACGUCCGGGUGAUCGGAAUGUUCGCUGCACCAUUUUGCUGCUGCUCGAUUAUCAACCGCUGCAGUUUAAGCUUGAUCCACGCCUCGCCCGUCUGCUCGGUGUGCAUACACAAACGCGCCCGGUCAUUAUUUCCGCAUUGUGGCAGUACAUAAAAACGCACAAGCUACAGGACGCACACGAGCGAGAGUACAUAGCGUGUGACAAAUAUUUGGAACAAAUUUUCGGCUGUCCACGCAUGAAGUUUGCUGAGAUUCCGCAACGGCUUAACCCAUUGCUGCACCCACCGGAUCCAAUCGUGAUCAACCACGUAAUCACGGUUGAGGGUGGGCUAGAAAAUAAACAAACGGCCUGCUACGAUAUCGACGUGGAGGUGGACGACACGCUCAAGAAUCAGAUGAAUACGUUCCUGCUUAGCACAGCUAGCCAGCAGGAAAUACAAACGCUGGACGGUAAAAUUCACGACACGGUCGAAACGAUCAAUCAGUUAAAAACGAAUCGCGAGUUCUUCCUAAGCUUCGCCAAGGAUCCACAAACGUUCAUACAGAAAUGGAUCGUUUCACAAACGCGCGACCUGAAGGCAAUGACUGACAUCGUCGGUAAUCCGGAGGAAGAACGGCGGGCCGAAUUCUAUCACCAGCCGUGGACACAGGAGGCGGUUUCGAGAUACUUCUUCACUAAGGUGAACCAAAAACGAGCCGAACUUGAACAAGCGCUUGGCAUUCGAAAUUCAUAACGCGGUCCGGUUUAAUGCAUUCGAUUUCCAAGUUUUGUAUUGUCCCUAUAUUCAAUUUUAUUAUACUAAGCCUCUUACAGACAUCCCGAUUCUGGAGGUGUUUCAUCUAUCUGCAAUCAGUUUGACGCUAUUUUUACGAACUGCUCUCGUAAUUUAAUGAAAAUAAAUACUCUAGGCCGAUA